UCGGUAUAAAUGUAAGUGAACGAGUUGUUUUUGUUAAAAAUACAGCAGCGCUGCGGUAACGUUAAGUUAGACAUUUCCGGACGUGGAGGGUCUUAUCCAUCCAAACUUUUUCAAAUGGGCCCCGUCGCCUAGCGUUUUCCCCCAAAGCCUCCGACUGAUUUGAGCAGGGUGCUUUAAACAACAUCAGCACGAGCGGCACAGGAAGGGUUUCCAUCGAAGUCACUGUUUAUACACGUCUGUAAAAUGGCAGCCAUCCCAGCUAGUGGUUCCCUAGUUGCUACUCACGACUACUACAGAAGGCGCAUUGGCUCUACAUCCAGUAACAGCUCGUGUGGCAGUUCAGAGUACAGUGGGGAGGUUAUUCCACAUCACCCAGGUCUGCCCAAACAGGAUUCGGGUCAUUGGUGGUCCAGUUUCUUCUUUGGGAAGCAGAACCAGCCUGGGAUGGGAACUCUUACUGAGGAGGCUCAGAAGAAGUCAGGGGUGGUGAGUGUGACCAAUGGGCAGGUGACGUGUAUUGCCCGGGAAAUGGUGAUGAAGCAAGUGAGCGAAAGUAGUGAUGCAGGCAAGUCGGAGGCGGGGACUUCUCCUCGUUCCUGAAUCAGAUACCAGAUCAGGACACCAACGCUAGGGGACAGAAUCGGCUCAUCUUUUCUUUUUCUUUUUUUAAUUCCCCAUCCAUAUAAUGGGCUGUUUUAGUACUUUUUCAUUUCCUUUUUUUUUGUAUUAAUAGUUUUAUAUAUAUAUACAUCACAUAAUAAAUGGAAGAGCUGAAACUUGCAAAAAUAAUUUUGUACAUUUUUACACAUCUGUAACACUGGAGAUGUUUUUAUUACUUGUUGUCUUAACAUGUGUUUUUCAGCAUAAUAAAUGGUCUUAAACAGCCCACUA